AUUAAAACUGCGGCUAUAAUCUGAUUCCAAUUUCGUGGCUUGUACGCUCUCUUUUCUCUUCUUUUUUCUUCCUUGUUUUAUCUAGUGCAUAAAAUGUGGUAUUCAGAAGAAUAUGAGCCAAUUAAAGUAGGCUCUAUAGAUGGGAGAGGCACUGAACCGCAUGAUGCCGCAGUAGAGAGAGCUUCUCGUUCAACGUACCGACCACCGAGACAUUUGACAUCCGAUCCUCAAUGUACCUUAUUUAUAGGUCGAUUAAGCUUUGAUACGACAGAGUCUACUUUAAGAUCACACUUCGAGAAAUAUGGAGAAAUCACACAAGUGCAUAUUAUUAAGAACAAUGUCACUGGUUUAUCUCAAGGUUAUGGUUUCGUCACAUUUACUCGAGAAAGGUAUGCAAAAGAUGCAUAUCACUAUGCAAACAAAAGUGUGCUGGACAGUCAUGUGAUUCUAGUGGAUUUUGAAAGAAGUAGGACAAUGAAAGGCUGGAUACCACGAAGACUUGGUGGUGGCUAUGGUGGCAAGAAAGAAAGCGGCCAAUUGCGCUUCGGUGGUAGGGAUAGACCCUUUCGAGAAACUGACCGUGUAUCAAGGGAUCAAAAACGGUCUGAUCAUUGGAGAUAUACCAAAAGGUCUAUUUCUCCUUCUUCUGCUGAAUUAAGCUAUAAACGACAAAGACAUGAUAGCUCAAGAUCAAGGGAUCAUAGACGAACAUCGUCUAGAGACCACAAAAGAAGUCGAUAAAUUCUUUUUUUUUUUU